AUGGCGAGCAGCUCACUGGUAGUACUGGCCGCCAUGGCCACCGUGGCCGCGCUGCUGCUCUCCCCGGCCACAUCCCUGCCCGUCUUCACCGGCGAUGCCUCCCCGGGCUUCCACGCCGCGUCGUGCCCGCAGCUGGACGGCAUCGUGUGGUCGUCCGUCGAGGCGGCGCUGCGGCAGGAGUCCUUCGCCACCAGGGGCCUCGGCGACGUCGCCGACCUCGUGGCGCUCUCCGGCGCGCACACCAUCGGGCGGUCGCAGUGCGGCAGCUUCGAAGACCGGUCGCAGCGCGCCGACGAUACCUUCUCGCGCAAGCUGGCCGCCAACUGCAGCAAGCACCCGGAGCGGCUGCAGAACCUGGACGUGAUCACCCCGGACCUGUUCGACAACGCGUACUACAAGGCGUUGGGGUUCAACCAGGGCGUGUUCACCUCCGACAUGGCGCUGGUCAAGAACAAGACGACGGCGGCCAUCGUGAAGCGGUUCGCCGAGAGCAAGGACGCCUUCUUCGGGCAGUUCGCCAGGUCCAUGGAGAAGCUCGCCAGGGUGCCCAAGCCGGCCGGCAACGUCGGCGAGAUCCGGCGCUUCAGCUGCUUCAGGAGCAACGCCCAGCGUGCCGACGCUGCCGUCGACGCCGCCGGUGAGGAGGAGGAGGAGGGCUUCUCCGCCUCCGCUUGA